AUGGAUAAGAAAACAAGCGAGUCGAUCAAAAGAAUCUCGCAGCAUCUUCUCAAGAAACCCAACGGUAAGGUUAUAUUUCUAGUAGGUGCAGGUAUUUCAACUUCAUGUGGUAUUCCUGACUUUCGAACACCUGGCACCGGACUCUAUGAUAAUUUGGCAAAACUAAAUUUGCCUUUUGCAGAAGCAGUUUUUGACAUAGACUACUUUUCAGAAAAUCCCAAGCCAUUUUAUACCUUGGCCAAGGAGUUAUAUCCAGGAAAUUUUGAGCCGUCGAAGUUUCACUAUCUGUUGCGUUUAUUUCAAGAUAAGGACAGGCUCCAGAGAGUUUAUACACAAAACAUUGACACUCUGGAGAGAAGCGCUGGGAUUAAAGAUGAAUAUAUUAUUGAAGCUCAUGGUUCCUUUGCUAAAAAUCAUUGUAUUGAAUGCAAAAAAGAGUACCCAUUGAAGGUGUUCAAAGAUAAAAUGCUAGAGGGCAAAGAGUAUGCUAGAUGCAAGUGCAAAGGUUUGAUAAAACCAAAUAUCGUCUUCUUCGGUGAAAAUCUGCCUCCAAAGUUUUUCAACAGUUGGGAAGAUGACCUGGAUGACAUGAACGAAGAUCAUCUCGUAGUAGUUGCUGGGACAUCAUUAGCAGUAUACCCUUUUGCAUCGCUACCUAUAGAGGUUCCGUCUUCAGUUCGAAGGGCUUUGAUAAAUCUGGAAGUGGUGGGCGAUUUCAAAAUCAACCCUCGAAAGUCCGACGUAGUCCUUGAAUGCGCCAUAGAUGAAGCGGCAGAACAACUUGCUCGUGAACUUGGCUGGAAUGAGGAGCUCGAGAAGUUGAUCAUGGACAACCACAAGCAAAUCGAAGUUGGAGAAAAAAAUGGCAAAUUGGUCGAUGUAUUAGAAAGCUCAAUUGAAGACAUGACGAAGAAACUGGAAAAUCUUGAUGUAUAA